GCUGGGAGCCGGAGAAGGGGAAGAGCCUGAGUGGGGCGGGGGAGUCGCAGCGAGGACUCCGAGCGGGGACCCCAGGAGGCUGCGCCGCGCCGCGCCGCUCCGGCCCGGCCGCCCAACCGACCGGCCAUGCCGAAUAAAAACAAGAAGGAGAAGGAACCUGCAAAAUUGGGCAAAAGUGGAAAAAGUGGUAAAGAUGGACAAGAUAACCAAGAACAUGAGGUGUCAAACAAAAAAACAAACAGCGCUCCUCCCCCAGCACAAUUAUCUAAAAUCAAAGUACCUGCUCCACAGACUGUACUGAAGAAGGAAAAACGGCAGAGUUCUUCAAGGUUUAAUGUUAGCAAUAACAGAGAACUACAAAAACUGCCAGCUUUAAAAGAUGUUCCUCCUGCUGAGCAAGAAAAGCUUUUUAUUCAGAAGUUGCGACAAUGUUGUGUUCUUUUUGACUUCGUUUCUGAUCCACUGAGUGACCUAAAGUGGAAGGAAGUAAAGCGAGCUGCUUUAAGUGAAAUGGUAGAGUACAUCACACACAAUCGCAAUGUGAUCACAGAGCCCAUUUACCCUGAAGUAGUGCAUAUGUUUGCAGUUAACAUGUUUCGAACAUUACCACCAUCUUCUAAUCCAACGGGGGCAGAAUUUGAUCCAGAGGAAGAUGAACCAACUCUAGAAGCUGCCUGGCCUCACCUACAGCUUGUUUAUGAAUUUUUCUUAAGAUUUUUAGAAUCUCCAGAUUUCCAACCUAAUGUAGCUAAGAAAUAUAUUGAUCAGAAGUUUGUAUUGCAGCUUUUAGAACUCUUUGACAGUGAAGAUCCUCGGGAAAGAGAUUUUCUUAAAACUACUCUUCACAGAAUAUAUGGGAAAUUCUUAGGCCUAAGAGCUUACAUCAGGAAACAAAUUAAUAAUAUAUUUUAUAGGUUUAUUUAUGAAACAGAACAUCAUAAUGGCAUAGCAGAAUUACUGGAAAUAUUGGGCAGUAUAAUUAAUGGAUUUGCCUUACCAUUAAAAGAAGAGCACAAAAUUUUCUUAUUGAAGGUGUUAUUACCUUUGCACAAAGUGAAAUCGCUCAGUGUCUACCACCCACAGUUGGCAUACUGUGUAGUUCAGUUUUUAGAAAAGGACAGCACGCUUACUGAACCAGUGGUGAUGGCACUGCUCAAAUACUGGCCAAAGACUCACAGUCCAAAAGAAGUCAUGUUUUUAAAUGAACUAGAGGAAAUUUUAGAUGUCAUUGAACCAUCUGAAUUUGUAAAGGUUAUGGAGCCUCUUUUCAGACAGCUAGCCAAAUGUGUGUCCAGUCCACACUUCCAGGUGGCAGAACGAGCACUAUACUACUGGAAUAAUGAGUACAUUAUGAGUUUAAUCAGUGACAAUGCAGCAAAGAUUUUGCCCAUCAUGUUUCCAUCAUUGUACCGAAAUUCAAAGACACAUUGGAACAAGACAAUACAUGGCUUGAUAUACAAUGCUCUGAAACUCUUCAUGGAGAUGAACCAAAAAUUGUUUGACGACUGCACACAACAAUUUAAAGCAGAAAAACUGAAAGAGAAGCUAAAAUCGAAGGAAAGAGAAGAAGCAUGGGUUAAAAUAGAAAAUCUAGCCAAAUCAAAUCCCCAGUACCCAACAUAUAGUGACACCAGUGUGCUGAACAGUCCUGUUGCAAUGGAAACAGAUGGGCCUUUAAUUGAAGAUUUACAGAUGCUGAAAAAGACAGUGAAAGAGGAGGCGUGUCAGGCACAGAGAGAUCAGAAAAAGGAUCGUCCUCUUAUGCGACGCAAGUCAGAACUGCCUCAGGAUAUCUACACCAUGAAAGCCUUGGAAUCCCAUUGCAGAGCUGAUGAGCUAAUAUCACACGAUGGGCAUUAGACUAUUACAGUGAAAUAUUAUUUUGGAGGAAAACUUUUCUGGACUUGGUUCUACAGUAGAGAACUUACUUUUUUGUGCCAUACCAAUCAGUUACACAAAAGUCAAAGCUUUCUUCAACCCAGUUCUGUAGGCAAUAACUUAAUACAGUAUGCAGCUCAAGAUUAGCAGUUCAAACAAUGGUAAAUUACUUGAUUCCAUACGCAGAACCAUGGGUUGACUAGUAUUAGGUGGCCACGUUUUUCUGGUGGUGUUGUCAAAGUACCAGUUGGUAACAUGCAUAGUUUUAUAGUAGUACUUGAGAAUAACAUUCUGUAAGUUAUUUCCACCAAAAUUGCAGUCAUUUGAAUGACUGAUAGUUGGUACUAUGAUAACACUGUUUUCAAAAGCAAAAUUCUUUCGGAUUUAAGUAUUACAUGUUUUUCUAAGACUUCUCAACUUUGAAAUUGUUUCCACAUUACUAUUGUCUUGUAAUAUACCAGCAGUUUUGAAAAUAUACAGUUCUUUACUUUCCUAUUAUAAAACACAGCUUACAAAAUGGUAACUUCAUGACAAUCUUCAAUCAUGGUUGCUUUCUAAGAGUUCUGUAAAUUGUUCCUUUACUUAGGAUAAAGACAUAUAUAUACCAUGUCCUAGUACUUUACAUGUAUUUAAAGCCAUAUUUUCCAGUCUUUAGUAUGUAAUACAGCACCAGUAUUCCAAAAGUCAAUUGGUAGAAGAAUUUGUUUCCUAAAAUGAAAAUUUAUCUACCUUGACUGGGAAUAAAUUGAAUAUAAAAAUAUUUAUAUUUUGAUUUUCAUUCCUUGUUUUCAGUUUAGUAAAACACUGUUUCUCCCUUAUCUGAGCUUUUAAUACUCAGCAUUUUUUCUUGGGCUCUAAGAGUUCAAUAUUCUGUGGCAGAUACCAUGAUGUCAUUUAAGUUGCAUUAGUCUUCUCAGACAGACAAACAUUGUUGCCUUUCAGUGAAACACAACACCAAUAGCUUGUAUUAUAAAGUAAAAACAGGUAAAAGAUGUGAGUUUAAGAGCUGAUAAAUCAACAGUGACCGUAGUUUUACGUGAAUAUAUUUUUGUGUGUUGUAAAGAGCACAUAUAUUACAAAUACACCUCACAGGUAAAAUGAAAAUGCAUCUGAGUUGCUGAUGAUCUUCAAAUGCUGCUAUAUAUUCCACGAGAUUACUUGCAUGUAAUGAGCUUUUUGUUGUAGAUGGAAAAGCACGGGAGGAAAAUCUCUUUAAACAUAUAGUGCUUUGUCUUCAAUAUUUGAUUUCUCUCAGGGUGGCCAGUAUUUUGACUUACUUAUCCUGCUUAAGAGCUGUUUGAGAUGUGUUCUGCUAUUCUAAAUGGGUGACUAGUUUCUUUUGUCUCUGGCAGUAACAUAAUAUAACUUUAAUGUUUAAUGUCUUGAUGCAUAAACAGAUAAAAAUGUGGCUUCUUUAAAAAUAGUUUUUUAUUUUUUAAAAAAAAGAGGUCUCCUGCAUCCAUAAAAAUAUUGUGCAAAGCAGACAUUCAUUGUAACAUUGUGCAGAUGUAGUGCCUGCUGUCUGUUGGUUGCAUUGAAAAUACAAUGUCCAAUAUUUAUUACAUUGUCUGUUGGAAAAAGUCAUUUUAGUGGGUGGGAAUUAUUGCUUAAAAAAAAAAACUAAAUUGAAAGACCACCUAAAGCUUCAAGUGGAAAAGUCCACUGUGUGUGAAAACACUUCCUGUUAAACUUGAAAGAGAAUAUGCUUUACCAUUAUGAUAAACUAUAUUAAAACCGUUUAAAGAUGCCUUCUCCUUUUGAGGGAAAAAGGGUGCUUUUUUUAAUUGUAUAAAGCAAUGUCUAUGUAUUUUGAUAUACCAUUGUUUGAACUUCCAUCUUUAGCUGGUAAAUUAUCAAAUAAUUUGAUUUUGGGUGUUCAAUAUGUUUGUGCAAGAGGUUUCUGGAAAGAAGUACUCUUAUUUUACCCUAGGAAAAAAACUUGUAUAUCAAUGUUUGAUUGUGUAACGCUCAACAUAUAAGAACAUCUUUUACUGUCUAGAUUUAUUUCUGUUCUUUACUGAAGAUAAACAUUCACCAAAAAAAAGGGGAGGGGAUACAAUUUUUUUUUUUUUAAUUAAAGUUUGUCAGAAAUUCACAUUUGAGGUUUUGGGCCAUAGAACAUUUGCCUAGACAGUAUUCCAAAAAUUAUCAGCACUGAUUGUUUGGCUUGUUUGUUACCAUCAUUUAUAUAUUUUGUAUAGUCAUGUACUAAACUACUCUAAAACUACUACAUCCAAAAUAAAAAGUAAAAAUAAAGUAGAAUUUUGGUGGCUGUUCUUCUUCAUAAAGUUCUGUGUUUGACACCUUUCCAUGUUCUCAAAAAUUACAUCUGUACAUCAGAAAUGUCAAAAGUAAUAUUACAAGUGUCUUUUUAGUGUGGCUUUAGUAUGGCUUUAUUUUAAUAUUGUACAUACAUUGUACUUUGUUUUAUGGUAAUAAGUAAUAAAAAUGUAGACUUCAUAUUUUGUACAGAAUGGUCCUAUGUACAGAAUAAAAAGUUCCUAGAAACAGCAAAAAUAGGUAAGUGGCACAAUUAUUUUUCAUUAGACAAUAUCUGUAACUUUGUUUUAGUAGAAUGUUAAGUUCAAAUGUACCUACAUAUUUUUUAACAGUUUGUAAUUCAGAUUUUGUUCUGACCUUGUUUAUGAAGAACAACCUUCAUACACCUGCCAUUUAUUAUGCUCUUUUAUCUAAUUUUAAAAUUCUAAAAAUGGUGUAUUAUAUGGACUAAAUAAAGAACAUGUGAAUUUUA